CGUCCCUGUUCUCAGGCAUUCCAUGCUUGGCCAUACAUCUUGUAGUAUUGGAAUAUUUUAUAGUAUGACAUACAGUUUAUAGUGAUUUAGAAUCAAUUUUUCAAUUGAAUGAUCCACUUUGUGAGUUGCAGGUGGUGAAGUCAUGUCAUGGUCGGUAAGGAUGCGUAUAGCAGUUGGUGUUGCACGAGGGUUAUGCUUCUUGCACAGUCUCGGUGAACAUGUGGUUUACCGUGAGGACCUUUCAACUGAGAAUAUCCUUCUUGACUCGGUAUAUAUGCUUGCAUCACCUUUGAAAAUUUCACUAUCAUUUGAUUGAAUUAAGUUCUUUUUUAAGUUUUAUUUUUUGAAUAUUCCCUUUUUGAGUUAUAUAUCCAAUUUCGUAGGAUUUUAAUGCAAAGCUUUCUGAUUUUGGCCACACCCACUUUUCUGGGUAUGCCAAGUACUUGAAUCUUAAUCAUCAGCGUAUGUGGACAAUUAGAAAAAGAUUUGGUUCAUCACCAGAACAAAUGCUCACAGGCCAAACGACUCAAAAGAGUGAUGUGUAUGGCUUCGGGAUGGUCCUAUUAGAAUUACUAUCAGGACGGAAACUAUGGGGUGAAUUUGCAAAACUCAUAAGGAACAGUGCAACACCAUUCGUGAUGAUAAUGGACCCCAAGUUGUUGGAUGUUUAUCCUAUCGAAGAUGCAAAAGUUGCUCUUACCAUAGCUUAUCAAUGUGUUCAUAGUCGGCCAACUACAAGGCCAACCAUGGCACAUGUUUUAUCUGAACUUGAAAAUCUUCUCAAUUAGUUAUUUCAGGUAAUGGGUAUUCUUGUUACUCUCAGAUCAACUAAGAUGCAAACAUAUACGAGUAUCAUAUUAAUAUGUUUGAUAGCAUUGCAAUAUGUUCUAGAUGGGUAGUUUUGUGACAUUAGUAUGAUGGUUACUAGAGCAGCAAUAAGUGGGGGCUAGUUCAUCCAAACUUACAGAUCACAACUCAAAAGUCGUUCAAAUAUAGUGGUACAACUAGCUCUUCUAAAGAGAGAAAUAAAUAUCCUAUUCCUUCUCAAUUGCUUUGAGCAAAUACAGUUGUUUUCUUUUCUUCUUGAUUAUUUAGUGUGAUUAUAAUAUAUUACUAUCUUAGUGAAAUUAAGAGUGUAAGAGGCUUCAAGGUUUUGACUAUUGUGGUGUAAAGCUGAGAUUUCAAAAUUUUGAAGCGAAGAAAACCUGUUAAUAUAUUGUUGGCCCAAACGUUUUUUGUAUAUUAAUAAUGGUUAACACACCUUCUAGCAGCCCACUACACUAUACUCAUUUAUCUAUCUGGCCUAUUAAUAUUGCCUCUCCCGUUAGAAUUUGAAUUCAGCUCAUUAUUGAGCUAGUGAUGAGUUGUGUGUGCAGUGUAUUAUUUGAGUGUCCUUGUGAGCCCUUCUAAUAAAGCCAAAUGCUUCCCUGUUAUAAGGACACUCCAUGCCCCUUUGUUCUGCGAGUGAAACACAGAGAGUUUCCUCCUUCAUUUCUUCUUGGUGAGUGAGAGUGUUUGUGAAACCAUUAUCCUUCUUGGUGAGGUUAGUGUGAGUGUUGGCGAGGUUAGAGUGGUGUGUUGCUCCCUUAGCCUAGGUGUGCACAAGAGACAACUGGAAAACUGAGCACUGGACUGCCUGAGCCGGAAUCCGGCGACGGAAUCGAUCCUCAACAAAACCAAGCAACAACAAAACUCUUGUUAAAUUUCCGACACCGAAAAAAUUUGGAUGAACAAAGUGCUAUAUUAACACAUGAGCUACUUCUCCUAUCAGGUUGACCUUUUAGGAUGGAACCCUGAGUCUUAACAAAUCUUGUGGUGAAAAAGUGAGAUUUCAAAAUGUUCAAGCGAACUAAACCAAACGACAAAAUCAACUCUCAACAUAUAAUGUAGGAGUUUAGGAAUUUUAAAUACUCCGUACCAUAUUAACUACUGCAACUAACUUCGCUUCACUAACGGACAUGAAUAGGGGUGGUUCGGUACGGUAUACCGAAGAUUUUAUCCCAUACCUUUACCAUACCGUAAACUUUCGGUAUGCAAAAAUAC